CAAACUCUCAACUCUAUGACACCUACAGAAGGACCUGUAAAUCAGUACAAACUUGACGUUAGGCUAAGCACCACGUAACCGCUUUAUAUAAAAAAAAUAUUGCAGUUUAUCAGUGUAAUGCAGCCUAUAAAAAUCUAAACUUUUUCACUUAACAAAUUAGUUUUUAAUGAAAAACAAUUUACCCACCUUUUAAAGGUGGAAGAUCUUAUCUACAUUUAUCAGUGAUUAAAGUCAUGACCAACACAAAAGGACCUUGAGGAAGAGGGCUCAUUUCCAAGAUUGACAGAGAGUUCACCAGUUCAGAGAGACCACCUUCCUGCAGCUUUUGAGGUAACUCUCUCUCAUUUCUUGACUUCCACUAUCAAAAUGUUUUGCGUAUCAAUAACCGGAGCGAUACUCCUAAUAUCCAUAAAACUCGUUCUCAUGCAACCCGUCCCAAUUAGUCCCUGUCCCGAAACCUUCAUCUAUCAAUUCAAUGGCAUCGAUUGGUACGGUGUAAUUGAUAUAACGGAUGGGAUCGUUUUUGGAGGCUCCAAUUUACUCACCGUUAAUUUCGCCUAUCCAAUUGUAUUGGAAACAUCAUUCCUGGGUAGCUUGGAAUUACUAAAAUCGAGAGAGGAGACCAUACAAGAUAUCUUGAAAAAUGACCCCAUCAAGUACUUAGUGAAAUUCCCAAUACAGACCACCCUUCCCAAGAUAGUCAGUAUUGACCUCAACAAUCAGAUCAUUUGUAAAGCGGAUCAAGAGAUUCAAGGGUUUCGUACACAAACCAACAUCAAACUGCAGCAUACACUCUAUACCCAGCUAGCAGCCCAGAAACUAGCUGCAGCUGCCUUGGAUCCAGUAACAAACAAGCCACCGUUUGACCAAACCCGGGCACCCAUAGAACUACCCAAGAAAACCGACUUAAAUCGGGAUGAGUGCGGCCAAAUUGAUCCACGAUUCAUUGCGAAACCACUCAUUGUAGGAGGUAAGACUAUAUCAAAAGGAAGCUGGCCCUGGUUAGCAGGGAUCUUUACACACUACGCGGACGCACUACACUUCCAAUGUUGUGGCAACCUAGUCUCUGCAAAAGCUGUUCUGACAUCGGCACACUGUUUUGAUAGUCACUUGUCAGCAGAUGACUACAUCAUCUUCCUCGGACGUCAUGAUAUAUCCGAGUGGAACGAGAGAGGAUCAGUAGCAAGAUCAAUUGAUGACGUCUUCUUCCCCGCCAGCUACAAAUUAGGCCAAGCAAAUUUGGACUCCGACAUAGCAGUGAUAAUUCUGAAAAACACAGUAAGAUUCACGGAGUUCAUUAAACCGGUCUGCCUGCCUGAGGAAACCCAACCGAUUAUUGGAGAGGAAGCUGCUGUGGUUGGAUGGGAACGGGACCAUGCCAGAAAUGCUAUUACAGUCCCAAAGCGCCUAGAGGUCAACAUCGUUUCGGAUAUUACCUGUCUUAGCUCAAAUCCACUAUUUCGAUUGUUGACAUCAAACCGAACAUUCUGUGCCGGUAAUCGAAAUGGUAAAGGACCGUGCACUGGAGAUUCUGGUAGUGGUUUGAUGGUGAGAGUCAAGGAAAGAUGGAAAAUUGUUGGACUUGUUUCAGCAGCUCUAGCGGAUCCAAAUAUGUGCGAUUUAAAUGAAUAUAUUAUUUAUACAGAUGUUAGAAAAUUUUUAAAUUGGAUUUCCGUAGUAGUUUUUAUGAAUCAAUAAAGUUCUUUGUGGAAUUUAA